UGGACACAGGGACACAGGAAAAUUUUAUUGGCGCACGUACGCUACCGCCGCUCGAACGGCGUCCUUUUUCCUUGAGCACGAACUCAAUACACCCGGCCAUCGAUAUACAGAGGAUCCGCGUGAGUUUAUACUCACGGAUGCACGCCGCGCCCACGGCGCUCCCACUCGCCCACGCCCCGCGCCCCUCACUAUACCUGGCCUGCGCUCCCAUCACGCCCGCACGCAGACGACGCGGCCACCAACAGCCCUGACGUGGUCACACCUCCGGCUCCAUCGCUAGUUGGAAACGACCCACGCGCACACACGCGCGGUCACACACGAACACACACGACGCGUCCAGCCUGCGCUCGAACGCGCACUGGCCACGGCCGUGGCUUUAUUUGGCUAACAGGCACCCGAGGCAUCACAUGGCUAAGUGAAAAUGUCUGGCCUCUCCUCCCUCUGAACCAAAGAGAUGGCGUGUUGCAGAAUAUAUAAUUGCAUGUACAUCGUGAAGCUCAGGUCUCCCGCUAUCUCCAAUUCCUAGAGAGAGCUUCCCAGUGCUUGGAAUUCCGAUCCGAGGUUCUGGGUAUGCGUGGGAACCGUGCUCCUGAGAGGUCUUCCGCCUCCUAUUGACACUGGUCUGCCUCGUCUCCCUUGGCCUUAGGGCCAUGAAGACGUCAGGCGUGGUGGAUCCCGGGCUUUGCUGGUGGAAGGGCUUUAUUUUUAAUGCUUUUCUGAGCGAAAAUCCUACGUCUACGAAGAGCUACGUACAGCUUUACGUAAACUUCCUAACAACUAAACCUCUUCCCCUUGAUUUUCAGGGGGUGGGCCCGUCCUCUCCCUUACCCCCAAUCAUAUUCAUUUCAUCCACCUGAUUCAUUACGUUAAUCACGUAGAACUUUUACGUAGCUCUAGCAUUGCUCUUUUCUGAGUUUUCUUAGGGUUUGUGUCCUGCUCAGAGAGAUGAGGCGGCGAUGGCUCUAUGAAGAUAGAAUAAGUAGAUCGGUGUUUGUCUUCGGUGGAUCCACGUGGAUCCAGUAUUUGCUUUUCCGUUUUCGUGUGUCUACAAGAUGGAUCCUUCCGAUUUAAACUUCUCAUCAAUGGCGGUGGUUGUUGAUCCAUGUGCUGGUCCUAUAGGGCCUUGGCACAAUGACUUUUCGACUGUCUACUACAAUAAGUUUUGCCCGGCUCCAGUGAAGGAGGGGCGAUGACAGCGGCGCGCCUUCGGCUGGCUUCCAUACUUGUAGUCGUCGCUAGGUGGUCUAUGAAUCCGAAUGUAAUUUUAUUAUUUCUGGUAUUUGUUGUACUAUCAUGAUUGAUAAUGAAUAAAUGAAAGUUUUACCGCUAAAUAAAAGCUCGACCCCUCAAACCCGAAUCCGGUUCUAAACAUUUAAAAUGCACACUUUUCCUAUUAGAUAAAAUUAUUUUAAUUACUUUUGGGCAUUAUAGUUGUAGUUAAACUCUAGUUUUUAAGGUAACUCGGGCUUCUAGGCCACGCGAUCAAGCUUAUAUCCCAUGCCCAAGUUUAUUCGAGAGAGAUUAGGUUGCCUAAUUUUUUUGAGAGAGAGAUUAUGUGUCAUCAUGCAAUUUCCUCAAAAAAAAAGUGUCAUCAUGAUGCAUUUGUCUAAAAAAAAUGCAAUCGAUGCAUGCACAUAUCUAGAAUAUAUUUUCAUAAAUGCUUGCACAAUAAUUUUUGCAGAUAUCUGAAUAACAUCAAGUAAAUACAAUAAAUGCAAAUAUUGUUAUAAAUGCACGUACAUUAAUUUUUACACAUACGGUAUGCUAUCUGAGAAUUAUAUGUUAUUAAUAAUGCCUAUAUAUUGUACCUCUACUGAUGAAAGAUGUAAUCUUAAUUUUAAUGAAUAAUAUAAGGAGGCACUUUAAGCGGUCAAAAUAAAUCUGAGCAUAAUAACAUGGAGUAAAUGAUGUAUGUGCAAUGCAUAUAUUGUGUGCAUAAAUAAAAUGCCGGGCCUCGCGUCUUCAGAAAUCACACAAGCGGCUGAAUCGCGAUGGAGGUGACGUUCGAGACGACGCAGGGCCGCCGAUUCAUCGUCGAGAUUUGGUACUUCUCCACCGUGCGGAGGAUCAAGGAGUGCAUCCUGAAGCAGGAGGGCAUCCCCGUGGAGUCCCAGCGGCUCUUCUUCCAGGGCAAGGAGCUCGAGGACGACCACGACACGGAGCACUACCCCAUCGUGGAGGGAUCCCACGUGCUCAUCGUCCUGCCGGAUGGCUCUCCCGCCGCCGCCGUCGCCGCCACCGCUGACGGCCAUGCCACAGGCGCCCCAGGCGCCGUCGUCCAUGUCGUUGCCUCCGGGCCGGCCCUUGGCCAGGGCCGCAGCGUUGCGCUCGAACUGGACGCGUCCUGCACGGUCGCCCGACUGAAGGAGAUGCUCCAGGAGAGCACGGAUGGGGCGCUGCCUGCCGCCAAGGUGAGCGUGUUCAUGGACAAGGCCGAGAUGGAGGAUGACAAGGCGCUGGCGGAGUUCGACCCGCCGGCCGAUGGGACGAAGAUAGAGGUGCGCGUGGUCGUGCGCCAGCCGCCGGCGUCGUCGCCAGCGAGCAACAACGGGAACGGGGCGGCCAAGGUUAAUAACAAGCUGCAGCAGCGGAUGUCGGUGGAGGUGAAGUGGGGCGCCAAGACCGCGACGCUGGAGGUGAGCGACAUGGACGCCGUGAAGGAGCUGCGGGCGGAGCUGGGCAGCGCGGCGCCGCACCUCCUCCUGCCCAACGACGGCGCCUACUUCUUCAUCUACAAGCAGAACGUCAUGGAGGAGGAGCGCACGCUGCGCUGGCACGACGUCAAGAACGGCGACACCAUCGAGAUCUUCAACGGCAGGGUCACCGGAGGCGCUUGACAUCUUUUGUUCUUGUUCAUCCCACACAUCUCACAUGCAUGCUCCGUACGUCCAUCAGGUUUACAUUACAGAUCUGCAUUCACCAUGCAUUGAGUCGUUAUGUUGCAUGCAUGGUAAUACUCUAUCAGUUCAUUUCAUUUCUUUCGUGCAAAUUGCUGUAAUCUAGUUGAGUUAACGCUCCUGAAGAAU